AUGAGAGGCCUACAAUCGUCUGCAGCUGGGUCACGGCGUGCAGGUAGAAGAUCUGGUAUUGGUGGCCCUUCAAGUGGAGUCUCUCAUGCUUCACUUGACAAAUAUUUACAUUCUCUUCCAGCAGGGGAUUGGUCUGGCGGUGAUCACCACCGUCAUUCUUCACUGGCUACUCGAAUCUGUUUCCAGAAUGUCAACGGAUUACCAGAAAAUGGCAGUGACUUCAAGCAGCAACAGAUCAACUCCUGGCUGAAGGAAGAACGAGUGGGAAUUGCGUUGUUGGCAGAGGCCAAGACGUUUUGGCCUUCUAUCAAUGAAGGUCACGGUUGGAGUGACAGACUCCGCCAAGCUACGAUGAAGUCCAAGCAAAAAGGGUUUUAUUCGUCGGUAGCUUACAAUCGGCAUCAGGACAGAUCUGCUGCCACCUCGGCGGUACAAUGGGGCGGGUGCAUCGCAACCGUUUUGAACCAAGUGGCGCACAGGGCUAAGGAAGCUGGCAGAGAUCCCACGGGUUUAGGACAAUGGGCCUAUGUUCGUCUCCAAGGAAGGAAGUUGAAAGCCCAUGGGGGUAAUGUUCAGGACUCUUUGGUUGAGGUAAAUGACUUAGUCUGUGGUCCGAUCUCCAAGGACUUGGUGGUUGUCUCCGCAUAUUGUCCCAACAAGCAAGGUCUCAGUAGAUCUACAGUAUGGGCACAACACAGACUUCACUUUCAUGCAGUGAAUCGAAAAGUUUGGAUAGCCUUUGUGGACAAUCUUUGCAAACAGAUCAUCAAAUGGCGUGAUGAAGGAUGUGAGGUGGUUUUGGGUAUAGAUGCAAACGAGGAUGUCACUGUUAACGCACCCCAGUCUAUCCGCCACCGUUUCCGGGCCUGCGGUCUUGAGGAGGCGAUUUGA